AAUUCUUUUUUCGACGGAACUUAUCCGCUAAAAGUUGAAACCCUAAUUUUCGUGAAUUUUAUUCUCAUUCGAAAGAAAGAUGGGAUUAUGGGAAGCUUUUCUCAAUUGGCUUCGAAGUCUCUUCUUCAAGCAAGAAAUGGAGCUAUCUUUAGUAGGCCUUCAGAAUGCUGGUAAAACAUCCCUUGUCAAUGUCAUUGCAACUGGUGGAUAUAGUGAAGAUAUAAUACCGACGGUAGGAUUUAAUACGAGGAAGGUAACUAAAGGAAAUGUUACGAUAAAGUUAUGGGAUCUUGGAGGUCAACCAAGGUUUCGAAGCAUGUGGGAGAGAUACUGCCAGGCUGUUUCAGUUAUUGUCAAUUAUGUUGUGGAUGCUGCUGACAACGAUAACUUAUCUGUUUCGAGAAGAGAAUUGCAUGACCUGUUAAGUAGACCCUCAUUAAGUGGCAUUCCCCUACUGGUUCUGGGAAACAAGAUUGACAAAUCAGAAGCCUUGUCUAAGGAGAAUUUGACUGAGAAAAUGGGGCUGAAAUCGAUUACAGAUAGAGAGGUUUGUUGCUUUAUGAUCUCAUGCAAAAACUCUUCCAACAUCAAUAUGGUGAUUGAUUGGUUGGUGAAGCAUUCAAAAUCGAAGAAUUGAAGUCACAAAAGUUUCUCCAUUGUUUGUGAUUUAUAAUCGGCUAUGGUUGCUUGUUUCUUCGUCGAGGGUGUUCGGUAUAUGACUUUGCC